AGGCUCCGCUUUAGCCUCUUCCGGUUUCGUAUCAUGUGACGUCCCUUGUCCCUACACAACAUGGCGGCUUCCAUGUUGCUCCCCGCGGCGGCUCCGGAAAAGCUGGGCCAUAAAAAAUACAAAGCUAUUCUGAAGAAAGAAAAACGAAAGAAAAAGAGACAAGCACUUGCCAGAUUAAGAGAUUCAGAAAUCACAGAAAAAAGUGAACCACUGUCUGAAGAGGAGGAACUGGAAGAAGAGGAAAAACAACUUGAGGCUGAAAGGCAAAAACUACAUGAGGAAUGGUUGCUGAGAGAAGAAAAGGCUCAAGAAGACUUCAGGCUCAAGAAGGAAAAGGAAGAGGCCAUGAGAAGACUUCAGGAGGAAGAGGAGAGAAAGAUAAAAGAAGAAUGGGAAGAACAGCAAAGGAAGGAGAGAGAAGAGGAGGAGCAGAAGCAACAGGAGAAGAGAGAAAGAGAGGAAGCUGUGCAGAAGAUGCUGGAUCAAGCUGAAAGUCAGCUGGAAAAUGGCGCUACCUGGCAUAACCCAGAACCCCCAGAGAACAUAGGAACGGAGAAAGAUAGAGCUAAUUGCCCAUUUUAUAUCAAAACAGGAUCCUGCAGAUUUGGAGACAGGUGUUCCCGCAAACAUAACUACCCAACAUCUAGUCAGACGCUUCUGAUCAGAGGUAUGUUUGUUACGUUUGGGAUGGAGCAGUGUAGAAGAGAUGACUAUGAUACAGAUGCAAGUCUUGAAUACAGUGAGGAGGAAACCUACCAGCAGUUCUUAGACUUCUAUGAAGAUGUACUGCCUGAGUUCAAGAAUGUGGGAAAGGUUAUUCAAUUCAAGGAUUGUUUGAAAGACAGAAAUGCCCAAGAGGGAAACACUGCAACUUUCUGCAUGUAUUCAGAAAUCCACACAAUGAGUUUUGGGAGGCCAAUAGAGACAUACAUAUUUCUCCUGAACGGACCAAUCAGUCAGCUAAAAACUCUGAAAGGAGAAACAGAACAGGCCAUCACGAGGACUAUUACAGCAAGUCAAGAAGACGGAGCAGCCCCAGCCCAGAUCAUUCUUACAAAAGAAAUGGAGAAUCAGAGAGGAAAAAAAGUAGCCACAAGAGCAAAAAAAGACGGCGGUCUAGCAGGUCAAGAAGUUGGGAACGAAGGCGGUCACAUAGUAGAGGGAAGAAGAGGAGAGGUCGUAGUCGCAGCAGAAGCCGUAGUUGUACACGUGGUCGUAGUAGAAGCCGAAGUAGAAGCUCCUCUCGGUCCAGGAGUCGGGGCAAAAAGAGGUCAAAUAGCAGAGGAAGAAGUAAUGAACCCCUCCCAAAAAAGUGAGAAUUCUUUGAGGAGUUGCCACUUGAGCAACUGUAGUGUUACCAAAGAUACCAUGUGUGCAGGAGAUGACUAUGUACCAAGAAUAAUGUUAUAUUGCAUUAGGGUAUAUCUUGUAUUAAAAUGAGCAUGACCCAAGCAGAACUUAAGAGUUUAAGAAAGAUGGUACAGAUUUAAUUAUUUAAAUUUACCACAGGGUCAUGGGAAUUCAAUAUUUUGUAUAAAUCCUUUCUGUUGGACUAGACAACUGAAUGUAUCCUAUGAUCAGCUAGAGAUCAGAGAUCAGAUUCUCCCCACCGUGGAAGAAAGCUCCCUGUGUUGCUGCGUGCACACACUUCUUACGCAGCAAGAAUAUGGGGGUGAAAUUAAGAUUCUGAAUGUCACUUUGCCUCGCCUGUUAGUGACACUGAGCCAAUUCUGCAUGUAUGAACAGCACAGAGGUGGUCCUGCUGAGGGAAGGAGAGGUACAAGCCCGGAGAACAAAAAUACCAAGAGGGUGUGAGUGCACAGGUGGUUGGUUAAGUGGUAGCCCACUUGGUAUUUAAUACUGUGCUCCUUGAGCUAGCUGUAGAGAUCAUGUUUGUGGUUCAGCCAGUUAGCUGGGGCAUAAAUCAAGGCAGUAAUGUUAAGGCAUGGUAAUCUAAAGUGGGUUGUUGUUUUUUUUAAGUGAAGUAAGGGCUAAAAAUUACUACAGGGAUACUAUAAACCAGGGGUCGGCAACCUUUCAAAAGUGGUGUGCCAAGUCUUCAUUUAUUCACUCUAAUUUAAGGUUUCGUGUGCCAGUAAUACAUUUUUAACGUUUUUAGAAGGUCUCUUUCUAUAAGUCUAUAAUAUAUAACUAAACUAUUGUUGUAUGUAAAGUAAAUAAGGUUUUUAAAAUGUUUAAGAAGCUUCAUUUAAAAUUAAACUAAAAUGCAGAGCCCCACAGACUGGUGGUCAAGACCCAGCAGUGUGAGUGCCACUGAAAAUCAGCUCGCAUGCUGCCUUUGGCAUGCGUGCCAUAGGUUGCCUACCCCUGCUAUAAACCAAAACACAGGAGCUGUUAACUAAGGAACAGAGUGGCUGAAGAAAUGAAUAAAGUAUGUAUAGGAGAGUAAUUAAUACUUACAGUGCUGUCAGGACUUACAUAAGAACAGAAGAAUGGCUAUACUGGGUCAGACCAACGGUCCAUCCAGCCCAGUAUCCUGUCUACCGACUGGCCAAUGCCGGGUGUCCCAGAGGGAGUGAACCUAACAGGUAAUGAUCAAGUGAUCUCUCUCUUGCCAUCCAUCUCCACCCUCUGACAAACAGAGACUAGGGACACCAUUCCUUACCCAUGCUGGCUAAUAGCCAUGAAUGGACUUAACCUCCAUGAAUUUAUCUAGUUCUCUCUUAAACCCUGUUAUAGUCCAGUCUUCACAACCUCCUCAGGUAAGGAGUUCCACAGGUUGACUGUGUGCUGCGUGAAGAAUUUCCUUGUAUUUGUUUUAAACCUGCUCAUUAAUUUCAUUUGGUGGUCCCCCUAGUUCUUCUAUUAUGGGAACAAGUAAAUAACUUGUCCUUAUACACUUUCUCCACACCACUCAUGAUUUUAUAUACCUCUACCAUAUCCGCCCCUUAAUCUCCUCUUUUCCAAACUGAAAAGUCCUAGCCUCUUUAAUCUCUCCUCAUAUGGGACUCGUUCCAAACCCCUAAUCAUUUUAGUUGCCCUUUCCUGAACUUUUUCUAAUGCCAGUACAUCUUUUUUGAGAUGAGACCACAUCUGUACGCAGUAUUCAAGAUGUGGGCGUACCAUGGAUUUAUAUAAGGGCAAUAAGAUAUUUUUCGUCUUAUUCUCUAUCCCUUUUUGAAUGAUUUCUAACAUCCUGUUUGCUUUUUUGACUGCCGCUGCACACUGCGUGGAUGUCUUCAGAGAACGAUCCACGAUGACUCCACGAUCUCUUUCCUGAUUAGUUGUAGCUAAAUUAGCCCCCAUCAUAUUGUAUGUAUAGUUGGGGUUAUUUUUUCCAAUGUGCAUUACUUUACAUUUAUCCUCAUUAAAUUUCAUUUGCCAUUUUGUUGCCCAAUCACUUAGUUUUGUGAGAUCUUUUUGAAGUUCUUCACAGUCUGCUUUGAUCUUAACUAUCUUGAACAGUUUAGUAUCAUCUGCAAACUUUGCCACCUCACUGUUUACCCCUUUCUCCAGAUCAUUUAUGAAUAAGUUGAAUAGGACUGGUCCUAGGACUGACCAUUGGGGAAUACCACUAGUUACCCGUCUCCAUUCUGAAAAUUUACCAUUCAUUCCUUCCCUUUGUUCCCUGUCUUUUAACUAGUUCUCAGUCCAUUAAAGAAUCUUCCCUCUUAUCCCAUGACAAUUUACGUAAGAGCCUUUUGGUGAGGGACUUUGUCAAAGGCUUUCUGGAAAUCUAAGUACACUAUGUCCACUGGAUCCACCUUGUCCACAUGUUUGUUGACCCCUUCAAAGGAUCACCUCUAGAUUAAAUAGUUUAAAUAUUGACGUUA